GUCCACCACUUUUUCUCUCAGCAUAUUGAAGAUAUUAUUCCACUGUCUUCUGGAUUUUACUGAUGCCAUUGAGAAAUCAGCUUUCAGUCUAAAAGUCAUGGUUUUAAAGGCGGAAUACCCAAAGAGCCAAAGCGCAACUCUCCCCUCCAACGUUCCCUCACACAGGUCGCUGUCAUCCAGUGAAGACGGCCCCAGCGGCCACUCCAGUUGCUCCGACGGGGAGCUGGCUCGGAACCUGCAGGAUAGCGUCAAGCACCGCAUCCUCUACCUCUCGGAGCAGCUGCGGGUGGAGAAGGCCAGCCGGGAUGAGAACACUGUGGGCUACCUCAAGCUGGUGUCCAAAGCCGACCGGCACCGGGCGCUGCACAUCCGGCAGGCCUUUGAGAAGGUGAACCAGCGCGCCUCUGCCACCAUCGCCCAGAUAGAACAAAGGCUCCGCCAGUAUCACCAGCAGCUGCAGGAGCUGGAGGAGGGGUGCCGGCCGAAGGGCUUAGUGCUGAAGGCCAAAAGAAGCCUGGACAAUUGUGAGCAGCCAAAUGAGAGGGUUCCAUUUUUAGAGACCCCCAAGUCAGGCAGGGAAGAUGACCUGGCCACCAGUCUGUCCAAGUUCACCAGGCUCUUCACUCUGGGCAAGUUCCCUGAGACAAAGCGGGCAGUCUGGCAUGAGCUCCUUGUGCAGAAGAUGAGGGAGGAGCUGAUGGAGGUCAAGAAGCAGCACCUCAGCCUCCAGGUGCCCUGUGAGGAUCUAAAGGAGAGGUACCUGGCGGACCUGCAGCAGUCACUGGAGGUCCUGCAGGAGGAGAAGUGCAGACAACAGUUGAUGGAAGAGCAGGUGAAUGACCACCUACAGGGGUACCUGGAUGAGAUUUACCACCUCAAACAGAAUCUAGCCUGCACUGAAGAGAAAAUGGCCUACCUGUCCUAUGAGAGAGCCAAGGAAAUAUGGGAGGUCUUGGAGACUUUCAAGAGCCGGAUAGCCAAGCUCGAAACCCUCCAACAAAUGGCCCAACUGGAGACGGUAGAGAAGCUCAGAAACUGUCCACAGGAAUUCCUGUUCAAGUUCAUCAGCCUACUCCUCACCUUGGUCACCAUCCUCUUGGUCUUCGUCUCUACUGUGUGUGCCUGCCCCUGGCUCCUUGUCAAGACGCGCCUGCGCGCAUGCACCUUCCUUGUGCUGAUAGGGCUCGGGGCACUGGCCUGGCAGAAGUGGCACGCCAUCCCCACCACCGACUGGCAGGCCUGGGUCACCUCUAAGUGGACACACUAUGCCAAGGACCCCAAGCCUCUCUCAGAGGGAACAUAA